AUGCCUAUCGAUAAAUCUAAGAUUGCUAACUUCAAUGAAAUCUGGGCUAGAUUCGAUCCUGAUGGAAAGAAUAUUCUCAAGAAGAAGAAGUUCCAUGAGUUCAUUCAAGCCUUUAUGAUCGAGAACUGGGAAUCAUCAAUGGCCUCCAGACCAUAUAUUGAUAAUGAAGAUGCAGAUAUUAAGGAAGAUGAGGAUCCUGAUCAUCCACGUCCACUCAAAUUUAUCGGUGUCAAAGAAUUUAGCGAAAGAUGUACAAACUUCCUUUACGAUUCUUUAGAUAUUAAUAAUGAAGGUUUUGUUACCCAGAAGCAAUGCCUUCACUGCGUGAAAGGCCUCUCUGGUUAUCUCCAAGGCUUCGAACUUAAAGUUUACUUCCGUGUUCUCGACACAGACCGUGACCAGAAGGUUACAAGAAAACAAAUUGUUAAAAUGAAAUACCUCUUAGGCCUCCCAUAUUCUGAAUCAACCAUGUUAAAGAACUUUGAUAAUAAAUUAGGCAAAGAAUUCAAGAAGGUCAACUUUAAGAAGUUCUAUUACCUCUUCAAGGACCGUCCAACAGAAGAAGACACUGCCUAUGAUCCAAAGCUUUUCACACUUAAGGAAACUGAUGAAGGCAAAGGCGGAUGCUGCUUACUUAUUUGA